GCAUUUUUCCUGUUUAUUUAAUGAAAUUUGGGGUCUUGUAUUGAAUCCGAAACCCGAUAUCAGAAAUGGCUACACCAUUUUUGGCUGGGCUUGCAGUUGCUGCAGCAGCUCUUGGUGGUAGAUAUGGAAUUCAGGCUUGGCAAGCAUUUAAGGCGAGACCACCAAAACCUAGGAUUCGGAAAUUUUAUGAUGGUGGUUUUCAACCUACAAUGACGAGAAGAGAAGCCGCACUGAUCCUCGGUGUUUGGGAGAAAGCAAUUCCGGACAAGGUCAAGGAAGCACAUAGGAAAGUAAUGUUUGCGAAUCAUCCCGAUACAGGUGGUAGCCAUUACCUCGCCUCGAAAAUCAACGAAGCUAAAGAUGUGAUACUUGGGAAGAGAAAGGGCAGCGGAUCUGCAUUUUAAAUCCUAAUUGGCUUUUGAGUUUCAACAAUCUGCAAGAAACUCAAAAUUAGUAGGCAUGGCCUGUGGUUUAAGAGGUGAAAAAAGAAUAAAGAUGAAAUUGUGAUUUAAGUAGACAAAA